GCCAUGGCGGGGCCGCCGCGCUCCGGCCAAUGACGGCGAGGGGGCGGCGCGCGCGCGCCUGGCCAGGCCAACCCCGGCUGCUGCCUUAUAAGGCGCGCCGUCGCCAUGGCAACGUGCGCUAAGUUGCAGCAGUCGUGUCAAAGUUCACUAUAUAGAGAGCUCAGUGAGCUGAUCGCGGAGAAGCCACUUCUGCCAGCCCCGGCGCCUAUAAAUCGCAUUCCCUCCCGCGCCCCCCUUUUUAGCAUAUUUGAUCACUUUGAUUCUCUGUUCUUUUCUCUCCGCGGUGUGUGUGUGCGUGCGCGCGUGUGUGUUUUCUUCUCCUCCUCCUCCUCCUCUCCCCGAGUUGCCUCCUUUCUCCGGGUGCCGUGCUGCCUUUUUUCCCCUCUUUCAUUCUUUCUUUCCGUCUUUUUCUCCCCCCUCUGCGCACGAAGGAUGUGCUUCUAGGUGGUGAUCUGCCCUCCUCUCUCUCUUUUAUCAUUUCUCCCCCGCCGCCGGCGAGUUGACUCUUUCCCUAUGUGUGUGAGGCGGCGGCGGCAGCAGCAGCAGCAGCGGCUUCGGCGGCGGCAGCAGCGGCAGCAGCGACUUCAGCGGCGGCGGCGGCGCUAGACGCGGCGGCUCCGGGCCCGACCCGGCGGCUUCGGCGGCGGCUCCGGCGGCGGCGGCGGCCCAGGCGGCCCGCAGGGAGCGGCGAGCGGCCUCCACCCGGCGACUGCGGGCGGCAGCGGCCGGAGCGAGCGAGGCGCGCGCCGGACGCCCGGGGCAGGCGGCGGCGGCGGCCCAGCGCCAGGACGACGCCGCGCAGCGCCCGACGCGGACCACUUUCAUGCUGAUUCCCCCGGACCCGGGCAGCGCUCCGGCCACCCCGCGGGCCGCCGGCCUCCGCCCCGGCCUGCCUGGCUUCCUGGGCGCACCCGCGCCCGGCGCCUCCGAUCUCCUAGUCCUCCUGAUUUCGAUGGCUUUCCUGAAUGGCUGACUGUGGGCUGCCCUGGACUUGGCCCCCGGACAGUCGCCUCUCCUCCUCCUCCACCACCUCCUCCUUCUCCUCCUCCUCCUCUUCCUCCUCCUCCUCCUCUUCCUCCUCCUCCUCCGCCAACUCCUCGGCUGCACACCAGCUCUGAGAGCGAGAGAGUGAACGAGAGAGGGAGGGAGAGAGUGAGAGCGAGCGAGAUCUUUGGAGAGAUUUUUUUUUUUUUUUGCCUCCUACUUCUGUCUUGAAGCCAGACAAUCGACUUGCAGCUCUCCCUCCCCUCCCUCUCUCUCCACGUUCUGCUCCCACUCGCUCUCCUGUCCCCUUCCCCUCCCCUCCCGGCGGAAAGCCCCCCGAAACCAACAAAGCUAAGCCGAGGAAAACAAACAAAACAAACACACCGGGCCAGACAAGCAAUCGACAAAACUUUGCAAAAGCAAAAACAAAAAAGGAAAAACUAACCAACCUCAACCAACCAGCCCCUGAGCCACCCGGUGCGCCCUCCCGCGCCCUCUCGCACCCUCGCACACACAAAAGGCGGCGCGCCGGAGCCCGAGACCCGGGAGCCGCCGCCGCCCCGCCGCCCCGCCGCCGCCCGCAGCCAGGGGAGCAGGAAGUCCGGACGCAGCCCCCAUAGAUAUGGCAAUGGUAGUCAGCACGUGGCGCGACCCCCAGGACGAGGUGCCCGGCUCGCAGGGCAGCCAGGCCUCGCAGGCGCCGCCUGUGCCCGGCCCGCCGCCCGGCGCCCCGCACACGCCGCAGACGCCCGGCCAAGGGGGCCCGGCCAGCACGCCGGCCCAGACGGCGGCCGGUGGCCAGGGCGGCCCUGGUGGCCCAGGCAGCGACAAGCAGCAGCAACAGCAACACAUCGAGUGCGUGGUGUGCGGGGACAAGUCGAGCGGCAAGCACUACGGCCAGUUCACGUGCGAGGGCUGCAAGAGCUUCUUCAAGCGCAGCGUGCGGAGGAACCUGAGCUACACGUGCCGCGCCAACCGGAACUGUCCCAUCGACCAGCACCACCGCAACCAGUGCCAGUACUGCCGCCUCAAAAAGUGCCUCAAAGUGGGCAUGAGACGGGAAGCGGUGCAGAGGGGCAGGAUGCCGCCCACCCAGCCGACCCAUGGGCAGUUCGCGCUGACCAACGGGGACCCCCUCAACUGCCACUCGUACCUGUCCGGAUAUAUUUCCCUGCUGCUGCGUGCCGAGCCCUAUCCCACGUCGCGCUUCGGCAGCCAGUGCAUGCAGCCCAACAACAUCAUGGGCAUCGAGAACAUUUGCGAACUGGCCGCGCGGAUGCUCUUCAGCGCCGUUGAGUGGGCCCGGAACAUCCCCUUCUUCCCUGACCUGCAGAUCACGGACCAGGUGGCCCUGCUUCGUCUCACCUGGAGCGAGCUGUUUGUGCUGAAUGCUGCGCAGUGCUCCAUGCCCCUCCACGUCGCCCCGCUCCUGGCCGCAGCAGGCCUGCACGCUUCGCCCAUGUCCGCCGACCGGGUGGUCGCCUUUAUGGACCACAUACGGAUCUUCCAAGAGCAAGUGGAGAAGCUCAAGGCGCUGCACGUCGAUUCUGCCGAGUACAGCUGCCUCAAGGCCAUAGUCCUGUUCACCUCAGAUGCCUGUGGUCUCUCUGAUGUAGCCCAUGUGGAAAGCUUGCAGGAAAAGUCUCAGUGUGCUUUGGAAGAAUACGUUAGGAGCCAGUACCCCAACCAGCCGACGAGAUUCGGAAAGCUUUUGCUUCGCCUCCCUUCCCUUCGCACCGUCUCCUCCUCAGUCAUAGAGCAAUUGUUUUUCGUCCGUUUGGUAGGUAAAACCCCCAUCGAAACCCUCAUCCGGGAUAUGUUACUGUCCGGCAGCAGUUUUAACUGGCCGUAUAUGGCAAUUCAAUAAAUAAAUAAAUCAAAAUAAGGAGGGGGAGUGAAACAGAGAAAGAAAAGGCAAAAGACUGGUUUGUUUGCUUAAUUUCCUUCUGUUAAGAAAGGAUAUAAAACGAUGUUACAAGUUUGCUAAAAGAAGAGAGGGGAAGAAUUUAAUGGACUGUGAAUUUCAAAAAAAAAAAAGACUGUCAAAUGAACUUUUACAGAAUGCAUUAAAAAAAAAAAACUCCUGUGUCGGUCAGAACAACUUGCUACUUAUCAUUUUUGUAUAAAAAGGAAAUUAGUCUUUUUCUUUUUUUGGUAAAUUUUUGAAAAAUAUUGCUAAAAGUGCAUUUAAGGAGAUUGGGAGAAAAUUAGCAGAAUGGGAAAGUAAGUCUUUUUUUUUCCAAAUUAUUAAUUGUCCUGUGUCUAUGUACCUCUAGCUGUUCUUUUUUGUACUUUUCUGGUUCCAAACCAGUUUAUUCUGUGGUUCUAUAAUAAGUUUUGAUAUAAUCUUGGCUUCUUAAAAACUGUGUAUCAUUAAAAUAUAUGUUCUGCAAGAAUUAAAACUGAGUCCAUGAAAAUAUCAUAGGAAGACAUAAAACUUUAAAAGGCAACUCAAAGAUGAUGGAAACGCACUUACAAGUGGUGACCAAAAAUUUUAGAUGGAGUUGAGCACUCUAAUUAGAAAACUGGAGGAACCACAUGCAACACUUAACUUCCCCUACCCUCCCCCCAAAAAAGACACCAUGACAAACCUAGCUUUUUAAAAAUAUUUUAAGAAAGAGAAUGAACUGUGGAAUUUAUUGGCAGCCAAGGAAUGUGUCCAAGACACAUGCUGAGGUUUUGAAUAAAAAGUGAACUUUUGUAAUUUGAAUUGGGUCCCGCUUAGUUCUUGAAUUGUUAUGAAAAUCCUAUAUCUGUUUGUAUAUUUGCAAACCCUUUGUAUUAUAAUUGUUGAUAUUUUCCCUUUUUAAAAAAUACCAUUGAAAUCAGCAUGACAAAAUAACACUGUUGGCACUUAUAGGUAACGUGAUUGAUUCAGUAUCUUAGAGUUUACAGUUUGUGUUUUAAAAAAACUGAAGGUUUUUUUUUUAAGUGCAACAUUUCUGUAUACUGUAAAAGUUAUAAUAACUGAACUGUUUGGUCGAGUCUUUGUGUGUUAUAUUCCAAGGAAAAUUGAAAGUAUUCAGAAAUUAAAAUAUUAUUUGAUAUCUGAAA